UUAAAAUUUGCCGUGAUAGGUUUCUACUUAUCCAAGCAUUGGUAAUUUGGAAAUUUUCGGUUAAAUGGAACUGGAACGCGAACUGCCCACCGACGACGCCUCCGUGGAGUUGGAUGUGUCCGAACCAUGGGGUGAUGUGAGAUCGUCAGAUAGCCAGCUUACCCUGAAGCAGAGUGAGAGCCAGGAGACGAUAAGACCAUUUGGGUAUGAGUUAGCUGAUCCAUCCGAGCUUAGCUCCUACGACAUUCACCUGGGUCUUCUAGUAGAGAAGGGUUUAAUUGACAUUAACUCAUUGGACAAGCCCUCGAACGAGGACCUUACAGACUAUCCGGACUAUCCGGGUCUUUUGUCCAGGUCGGCGGAUCGUAGUGGAAUUGCUGAGAUAGUCAAAGAAAUGCGAAACGAAUUCAUGGACAAGCUGACCUCUAAGGCUAAGAGCUUCAAAGAAAUCCUGAUUAAGAAAGGCUUAAUGGAGCCAAAGGACGAAAAUCCUGCUAUGCAGAAGAAUGACUCUGAGAAUAAAGCAAAGACCAAAGACGAUUCUCAGAUUCCAGAUCGUAAGAACAAAGCGGGAAAACCUCUAGGAGAAGGCGACGUCAGACGAAAUGGUGAACUCGCCCUGCUCAUCAAUGAAAUCAAUCAGUUUACUUCUGGCAUGGAGCAAGAUCCGGACACUGCGGACUGGGCUCGGUUCCGGGCCAACCUGCUGAAAAUACAUAAGUACUAUGUGAGCGUCAAUGAGCCGGAAGGAAAAGGCCAAGAACGACCAAACAGCCAAAUCGGCGCUGUCAGCGUUUUAGAACCAUCAGACAUCAGCGGACCGAAGGAAGACCUCAGCAGUCGGGCCCAGUACCUCCGUAAAAAUCUCCGGGGUCUCGAAUGCAAAAUGCUUACCCUGGACCACUCCGUUGAUAUCUUUAGCGACAAGUUCCAUCGUAGUCUGGUCACUAAAGAGCAUGUGGAGCGGGAAAUGGUGUCGAUUGCACUGGUGCGCGAUAAAAUCGGACGACGCCUAAAUCAGAUGGAAGUGGAAUUUCGCAGGGCCAAGGAGGAUUUAUUUGAUCGGGGCAGGAACCCAAAAAACCAAAGCUAUAUCGCUUAUUCAAAGAAUAAUCCUGAUUGUGGAGCUUGAUUAAUAUGGUUUUUAUGAGAGUUAGCUAUAGAUUAUUAGAUAGGGCUAACAACUUUUCGGAGUAAUAAUGAUAAUUAUUGUAAUAAUAAUAAUUAUAGUAAUAAUAAUAAUUGUUAUUUAAAUACAUAACUUUUCCGACCCAAUAAGCAUUUGGUAUGUGAAAUUAAUUAGUUUUUAAUAGGCCGAUAUCAUACAAAUUAUAAGCAUUCCUUGUAUAAGAAAAUAUAAAAUAGCAGCAAAUUGU